AUGACUGACGAUCAUCCCUCGUUAAUCACUAAAAUUGCGCACCUUGAAAAAUAUAUUGAAUACCUAGAAUCUACCAUGAAUGAUCUCACUAAAGUAAUUAAUGAUAUGAUUGAAAAGCAACUGCAUGAACCUACUUCUAAUCUUAAAAUCAAUGAUAACCCUCCAAAUGAUGAAGGCACUUCAAUUUCUCCUCAAUCACCUCAAGGCCUCCAAACCUCCAAACUUGCGAAGGAUCCAUGGGUCCCCUCUGAAAGACCAUUCAUACUCCAAAUUGUUCCGUCCUCAUCAAGCUCAAGGGACGAAAUCAUCAAGAACCUCAAUACCGCCAAAAGUCAAACAAACUUUAAAUACUUUAUCUCUGAUAUGUCUCUCCAAAUCACAGAGUUCACCGCUCAACAUCUUACUGGAAACGAUGAAAACAAUAUUCUCCAUAUGAUCUCCUGCGUAUGCAAUUGGCAUGAGAAAUCUAAAGGUUUAAUAGCUAUGAGAAUUAGUAAACCACCAGAUUCAAGCUGCUUCAAAACCACUGUUACAGUUAAGAAUUUACAAUCACUACAAGAAAUCCUCUCUAACACCGAAUGGUCUCGCCUCAAAACUUAUACUCAACUAGCUGAAGAUUCCCGUUUUGAAGUCUUUAUCAACCUCUCUACAGAUUUUGAAGAACAUGAAAUCGUAAACGUCGUUAAAGAUAUCACCACUAAAGCAGGAAUUACUAUUCACCCAAACUCUAUCAAAAUCGAUGAAAAGGCAUCUCCUUUUAAUCCUGAAGAAUCAUAUUAUAACAUCAUAGUGACUCUUAAAUCUGAUACUGAAGUCGAUCGUAUCUUAGAAGUGGUCCAUCCUAUUGAAACCAAGCAUGGCAGAAUCAUCACAAAAUCCUUCAAGUCCAAAGCGCAGUUCUUUAAAGAAAAAGCUAUCUCCAAAUCAAAUCAAUCAACAGAGAAAGAAAGCUCUAACUUCUCAACUAUUACUACUCCAAAUAAUUAUGAAGCAAGAUUUACCAGCCUUGAAAAAAGAGUCUCCAAUAUGGAAAGCAAUAUAUCAUAUAUUGCUAAGAAUAUGGAAACUCUAAUGCACAGCGUUAAAAGACUCGUUCAAGCUGGAAAGAGAAAGGACAUGCAUGAUGAAGAUAUUGAAUGA